AUGGACGGGACGCAGUGGGCGGACGGGAACGUGAAGUAUCCGCGGUGCCUGAUGGGGCUGUUCCAAGGCCCGAAGCGGCUGUUGCUGGGGAGCCGCACGUUAGUGCAGUCGCCGUCGCUACCGCCUCAUGGCGGCCAUCGGAGUUCACCUGGGCUGUACAUCAGCCUGUGUGGCCGUCUAUAAGGAUGGCCGGGCUGAUGUGGUUGCUAAUGAUGCAGGUGACAGAGUUACUCCAGCUGUUGUGGCUUACUCAGAAAAUGAAGAGGUUGUUGGAUUGGCAGCCAAACAAAGUAGAAUAAGAAAUAUUUCAAAUACAGUAAUGAAAGUAAAACAGAUUCUUGGCAGAAGCUCUGAUGAUCCACAGGCUCAGAAAUACAUCAUGGAAAGUAAAUGUUUAGUCACUGAAAAAAAUGGGAAAUUACGAUACGAAAUAGAUACUGGAGAAGAAACAAAAUUUGUUAACCCAGAAGAUGUUGCCAAACUGAUAUUUAGUAAAAUGAAAGAAACAGCACAUUCUGUCUUGGGCUCAGAUGCAAAUGAUGUAGUUAUUACUGUUCCAUUUGAUUUUGGAGAAAAGCAAAAAAGUGCUCUUGGGGAAGCAGCCAGAGCUGCAGGGUUUAAUGUUUUGCGGUUAAUCCAUGAACCAUCUGCAGCUCUUCUUGCUUAUGGAAUUGGACAAGACUCCCCUACUGGAAAAAGCAAUAUUUUAGUGUUUAAACUUGGAGGAACAUCCUUAUCUAUCAGUGUUAUGGAAGUUAACAGUGGAAUAUAUCGUGUUCUUUCGACAAACACUGAUGAUAACAUCGGAGGUAUACAUUUCACAGAAACCUUAGCACAGUAUCUUGCUUCUGAGUUUCACAGAUCCUUCAAGCAUGAUGUGAGAGGAAACGCUCGAGCUAUGAUGAAAUUGAUGAACAGUGCUGACAUUGCCAAGCAUUCUCUGUCAACCUUGGGAAGUGCCAAUUGUUUCCUUGACUCACUAUAUGAAGGUCAAGAUUUUGACUGCAAUGUGUCCAGAGCAAGAUUUGAACUUCUCUGUUUGCCACUUUUUAAUAAGUGUAUAGAAGCAAUCAGAGAACUCUUAAAACAAAGUGGAUUUACAGCAGAUGAUAUCAACAAGGUUGUCCUUUGUGGAGGGUCUUCUCGAAUCCCAAGGCUACAGCAACUGAUUAGAGAUCUUUUCCCAGCUGUUGAACUUCUAAAUUCUAUCCCUCCUGAUGAGGUCAUCCCUAUCGGUGCUGCUAUAGAAGCAGGAAUCCUUAGUGGCAGGGAAAACCUUUUAGUGGAAGACUCUCUUAAGAUAGAGUGUUCUGCAAAAGAUAUUUUAGUUAAGGGAGUCGAUGGAUCAGGAGCCAAAAGUUUUAUGGUGCUAUUUCCAUCAGGGACUCCUCUGCCAGCUCGAAGACAACACACUUUACAAGCCCCUGGAAGCGUAUCUUCAGUAUGCCUUGAACUCUAUGAGUCUGAGGGGGAAAACCCUGCAAAAGAGGAAAACAAGUUUGCACAGGUUGUACUCCAGGAUUUAGAUAAAAAAGAAAAUGGAUUACAUGAUAUAUUAGCUGUUCUUACUAUGAAAAGGGAUGGAUCUUUACAUGUGACGUGCACAGACCAAGAGACUGGAAAGUGUGAAGCCAUCACUAUUGAGGUGGCAUCUUAGUGGUUUAGAGAAACCAUGAAUUUUUUAGAAUGACAAUAUCAACAUUUGUUUUGUUUAUAAAUGGUGUUUAUAUUAAAAUAUUUUUUGAAUGAA